AUGACCGAAGGCUUCGCGUGGGACGCCGCGCUGUCGCUCGUGCGAUGGCAACGCACGCGACGCGGCUACGAAGGUGAUGCCGCCCUGCUACAAACCGGCGUAGCUCUUUUACAUCCCGACACUGAUGGGAAGUUCGGUCCUCAGUCCGCUCUGAGCCGCGCUGAGCGCACCUUUAACCUAUCGUGGCAACGUGUGGCAUCCGAGGUGUUGCAGCUCGCCGUGUUCCUGAUCACGAAGGCCAAGUGUGACGAUCCACAGCAGACCCGCCAAGCGCUGCGCCUGCUGCAAUUGGCACUCAACGUCUUCUCUGUCAAAGGCGACGCCCAGCUCGCGACGCUACCACUUAACUCGUGCAAUUUGCUGCUCUCGGCGUUGGCCGAGACACUGGAGAAGGUCCAACAGGACGAAGACACUCUACAGACACUACAGGACGUCAAGGCUGUCUUUCGGUUUCUUUUUGGCCUCUCUAGCGAGGAUACGACGGCCAGUUUUCAGAUGUAUCGCCCGCCGACGAACGUGUAUGCGAAUUUUCUAAAGCAAGCACUGACGGCGGUAUUUGAAGCACUAGAGAUGCUUGAGAAGAGGGAAGACGAGGAGACGACGCUGCAGCAGAGAUUGUUCGUGGACGUGGUGCACACAGCACUGUUCGUGCUCCAGGAGCUGCAGAAGACACAGACGAACAAGAAGAAGGUCUUCAUGGCUAUUUCUAAGACGUCGUUGAGGGAUAUUGUAGCACAUCGUCAUGCUCUUGUGACGCUGCAGAAGCAGAGCGUGUCUGGUGUAGAAGCUGCGAUGGCUUUGCUGGACCGCGUCGUGGAGGACGCGCUGUUCGAUGCUGAACACAUUCGCCAGUAUGACGGUGCUAUGGAUGACAAGAAGUCGAGAAAGCGACGGAAGGCAGGUGGCGCCAAGGCGUCGACAGGAUUGGUCUCCUACCAGAAGAACCUCUUCGACGAGCUGUUGAGCUUGUUGUCAGAUAAAGCGGUACAGCUGGACGUGAAGGCUUCUGUUGGUGGCUUGUUUGAGGUACUCGUGCGUGGUUUCGCUACCCGCAUCCGGGCUGCUGCCAACUUGAAAAUCGAGGAUACAAAGACGGAUCUGAAGACAAGUCGGAAGCGUGCGGCCAUUGUUAUUGCUACCACGUCAACUACGUACUCACCAUUCAAGUUCUGGUCUGAGCUGUGUGCCGUGGCCUAUUCAGCUUUCCAACAGGCGACAGAGAAGAAUGAGUUCCUGCCGGUUCUGGUUACCCUGUACAACGCCUUGUUCCGCGCGCUGUGUGAGUGUGAUGUGUACCGUGUGACGGAAGACACGGAGGAGCGCGAACAAUUUCAAACGAUGGAGAAAGUUCUUUCGUCUUUUCUGGAUGUGCUCAAUGUGGAGCACGGCGACGAAGUUUCAAUCGAUGCUGAUCGAGCUUCAGAGGAGUGUGAGAUUGUGUCCAGUGCGGUGCGGUGCUCCCCAAAUCUCGUGAACUGCUGCCUCGUGCCAAUUUUCGAGCUGCUCGUGGUGGAAUUGAUUCAUGCGUAUGAUUCCAUGCGUCUCCUGGAUGUGUUUUUGAAGGCUGCUUUCGCGACUCAACGUGCUCAUGAAGGCUUGUACAAGCUGUUUGCGCUUCCUUCGUGUGAAGCUAGUCUUCGCAAAGCGUUUAUGGCUCUACCACCAGGUCAGAUAGACGUACUGUGGAAGUUACUUGUGGAACAGAUCGCAUCGCUUGCAUCAGGCAACAAUGGUAUUGAGGUGGCUGUAGCGCGCUUGCUCUUUCAGACUUUUGUCCAAGAAAUUCAUGUGGUACCUCAGAACCGCACUAAGGUCUUGGGGCUUGUAUCCCAUACGCACGAGAAGCUGCUUUCUGCUUUUGCUGAUGAGCUGGGCCAAGACACUGUUUCAUUUACAGCAUACCAGCGAGAGUUAUUCUGCGUGUUUGGAGAAUUGCUGAUGUUCGACUCUGUGCUAAACGCUUCCGUUCGCGAACAAACAUUCGAUCAGAUGUUUGCCAAGCUUGAAGGUGAUCGAUUUGGUACGGUGAUGGAGCAACUUCUGAGUACCACGUCAUCUAGCACCAAGAGGAGGACGACGAAAAGUAGCAAGGCCAAGUCCUCCGAUGGCGUGGCAAACAACGUCAGCUCGAGUCAUGGGCUUGGUGCUGCGGGAAUCGUUAAACUCUGCGUGUACUGGCUACGAAAGAUUGGGAUGCCGAAUGGUGCACCAGAUGAUAGCGUUCGAAAAGCUCGUAAGGGACGGGAGAAGGUUACUCGUUUGGUUGUGGAGUACGUUAUGAGCUGGAAGUGCUGGGAAGCUGUAAGCUUUCAUUUGCCAGAACUUAUGGCAAAUGCGAGCAACGACGACUGUGAUCGCUUUUACUGCGAAAUGUUGAAUGGUUUCAUUAUCGAAGCGGUAUCGGGAGAACGCGAUGGAUCAGCUAGUCGUAUCAUUGGCGAUGCUGGGUUUUAUGAAAUUGCAAGUUUACGGAACGUUGCAACCAAGACGCUGACCACCUUGGCAAAACAGUUCGUGGACGAAGUAGAACAUGGGUCAUUAACGAGCCUGGAGAGGUCUCUUCGUUUUUUCAGCUUCUUGUUGGAACUUCCGGACAGUUACCUGAAGCCUGAGGAAUGUGGAGAUCUAUUGGCAACUGUGUUAUCUCUCUACAAGGCAAUCAGAACAUCGGAAAGUGAUACCACUCACAAGUCUGAAGUGUGCCAGGCUUUGUUGACCUGGACUCGGCAACACUUUAAGGCUGUUGGUAAGGAGGUGCACAAGUCGCUGCCAAAACUUGUGGAGCAGCUACAUGGCGGAGCUCGCUUCAUUUUCUCUCAGCUUGUCGUGGACAAUGCUGUUAGCGUUUCUCUCGUUGCGGAAGUGCUUGCAUACUAUUUGCAUAUCGGCUCCAAUACUGUUGUUGGCGAGCUGCUGAGCAGUGUUUUGAGUGGUACAACUGCAAAGAAAGAGCCUGCAGAGGAUUUGAGAAAGUUAGAGUGCGCUGCCAUGGUGAUGGAGGCACUGGCUGCGUACGUUGGACCUACAUCAGGUCGUUCGAAGGAGCAGAUCGAUUUCAUUGACGGCGUUGUCGAUGUUGUAACCAGCCAAAAAAUGUGGGAGGAAGCAGAUAGUCCCCUGUCUUUUAAGGUCCUUACAGCUCUCCUCAAAUACCAGUCGGUUCUCCACAAACGAGCCCGCACCAACAAGCAUCAGCCAGCGACACUUGCCGAUAAUCAUGUGAUGCCAUUGCUCGUAAAGCACAUCGGAGACUCAUUGGCAUCUUCGAUGAAGCUGGCUGUUGCACCCAGUGACUCCAGUGCUGAUAUUAAGCUCCAAGAAGCGGCCUGGUCGUUUUUCGCGAGCUUUUGUAAAGAGUAUGCUUCAUUCCGCGCGUUUGUGACUCCUCUGGAGACGUAUGGCUGUCUACUGGCAGUGUCGCUUUCACUGGCUUCGAGCAAUCAGCAUGGACAAAAGACGGAGCUAGCUUUGCAGACCGUGAUAGCCAACGCGAACAAAGAUGAAUUUCGUCUACUGUUGUCAACGAUUGUGCAGGAACUUGUAGCACAUGAAGACAAGCGGAAGAUGGGUGCACUGCGUGCUCUGUGCUUGCUGCUAAGUGGAGACCGAAAGCUUAACUCAUCGCGACGUCAACUUCUGAAUGAGCGGAAGGAAUCAAUCGUUGAGGCCUUGCUUCAGAACUUUGCUGUGCAGUCCAUGCAGGUCGAUGCAGUAGCAUCGUCUGCCUUACUGCGCGUUUGGAACUUGAAAGCCUUUGUGUUGGUUUUCUGCAAGGCUGAGCUGUUCACGUGGAAAACCCACGAGCUUCAGUACGUCUUCACGGGAUUCCAACCGCUGAUGGCAGCGGUAUCAUGUUGGCAAGCUGGAACGAACCCGUACGAACCAUCAGAACUGCACGAGCUAUGGACGCUUUCGUACACUCUGCUGCUGCGUAUCGUGCGUAACCACUUCGCGUCACUGGUAAAUGGUAUUCCCCAUCUCGUUCAGGCAGCAAACGCGCUUCUUCAGCUGCUUGUACUGACUUCCGCUAGCUCGAACUAUUCGAAGUAUUGCUCCGAAUGGAGCUCAAACUUGGCACGUUUGUACGGGUACAUGAAGGAGCACGACGUCCAACUCCGUAAGCACGUUGUGUAUCUCCUGAUGGCAUUCCUUCUGGGUGUAACACGCGACAAACUGGCUGUGCGAUACCAGCAGAAACUGCGCCCCGGCGUCUACGCAUUGCUGGACGUGUGCUCACCGUACGAAAAGGAACAGCUUUUCGGCGCGUUGGAUUCCACUGGCAAGUCACUACUCAAGACUCUGGACACGAACUAUAAGCUCACACAUCGCUACGUGGGCAAAGUCUAA